AUGAGCAGUCGCCGACAGACCAUGGUUGACCUAAAACAAUCCUCUAUGGAACUUGGAGGCUCCGGACCGCAAGAGCGAGAUUGGAAAGGAAUAGCUACUGCUCUUCUGGUCAUCAUGGUCAUAUGUUCAAUCAUAUUCUUAGCAGGUUACAUAUUUACGCCAAUCAGCUCGAAUGAUGUGACGGCUAAUAGUCCGAUUAGUUUCUCAGAUCUAGUGAAGUUAAGAUAUCCAUACUAUGGAGUGGAUUGGUUAAACUCCGACAGCAUUCUAUUCGAAACUUCCGAAGGAAACGCCAAUAUUUAUAAUAUUCAUAAUAAGUCUCAAUCAUGUGCAAUGGAAAGAACAGGAAAUUUGAGAAGCCGUAUCAUCUUUUCUCGGGAACUUCGAUACUAUGCUUCAGCUGAUCCAGCUCCAAAUCCGUCAUUGAACCCUGAUAAUGAGACAGCUUUCUACAGCAUCACCAACAUCAACACUCAAGCUCAAUACAAGGUUGGCGAAUCAAAUAAAGAUGAUGAACGUCUCUGGACGUUCUUAUGGAAUCCUGCCGGGUUCGAUUAUGUGUUUGUCAAAGAUGGACACAUCUUCUAUUCAUCAUCUCCAGAAGCUCAAAGCACCAUCAGAGUAUCUGAAACAUUUGAGUCAGGACCAAAUGUUCAUGGCUAUUUCGACUGGAUGUAUGAAGAAGAAAUAUUUAGUUCACGCACCGCUAUGUGGUGGUCGCCUAGUGGAGCUCGUUUAGCUUUUGCCAGUAGAAUUGAUGCUCAUGUCAAAACAGUUGUAAUGACAAGAUACACGUCUGCCCAGAAAUAUCCAAUCAUGAGUAAUCUGGAAUAUCCAAAAACAGGAGAAAAACGAUUGCCUUCUUAUACUAUCUCCAUCUGGGAUAAGAAAGCAAGGACAAGCAAACAAAUGGAUGUCCAACUCAGAGAUAGCCGAGAGUUCCAUUACGUUUUCUCGGUCAACUGGAUGAUUCUUGAUCAGCAAGAGGUAGCUGUUGUAUUUUGGACCAACCGAUAUCAGAAUCAUCUCUCAGUUACUAUUUGUGAGUAUGAUACAGGUCUUUGUAGUUUGGUAGCGGAGUUCAAAUAUCCAGAUAAAACAUGGGCUUCUCCUGAAGAUUUCAACACUAUGCUCCAUCAUAACAAUAGCUUCUUCAUCCUUUUACCAAAGCUUGUAAAAGCUGACCAAUACUUCCAACACAUUGCCAAAUUCACUAUCGAACAUGAUUCAGCCAAUCCUUCUAUCCGAUGGGCCAGACCAGUGUUUCUUCCUGUAGGCGAAUUUGAUGUGUCCAGUCUUACCAACUACGAUUCCGACUAUAACACAAUCUAUUUCAUCUCGCAUGCUCCUUCACCAGCCGAUCAACAUAUGUUCGUCACUAAAGCCUCUCCAGCUACUUCUGAAGAAGCUGCUUGUAUAACUUGUUCUUUUGCCAAUUGUUCGUACCAACAAUCACGAGUUUCUCCUGAUUUCAAGAAUGUGAUGGUUCAGUGUCAGGGUCCUUCUAUGAAAGUAUGGGUCGCAUCAUUGAAACGUUCUGCUACUCCUGAAGAUGUACUACUUCUAAACCCUUACGAAGUCCUCGAGAAUAAAGAACAUGAGGAAGCAGUAGAGAAAUUCAAAAUGCCUAUUCAGAUAGAUGAUAAGUUUGAUAUGGGUAACGGAUACGAAGUUCUUACUAGAUUAACUAUACCAGCUGGCCAGUUGAACAAAUCUCAUAGUCGUUCUUUACCACUUUUAGUUGUUGUAUAUGGUGGACCUUCAACCCAAUCUAUCAAGAAUCAGUUGAGCUUUAGUCGACAAACCAUGUGGGCUCACAACGGUCAAAUGGCCAUUCUGCAGGUUGAUGGAAGAGGAUCAGGCUCACGUGGAUGGAAGUACCGAUCUGCUAUAUAUGGAGCUCUGGGAACGGUUGAGAUAGAAGACCAAAUAGAGGCAACAAAAAAAAUCUUGAGUAAAUAUCCGUUUUUGGACUCGAAUCGAGUUGGGGUAUUUGGUUGGUCUUAUGGAGGAUUUUCUGCUGCAAAUAUGGUGAUAAGGUCUCCGGAGAGUUUCUUCAAAUGUGCCAUAUCUGGGGCUCCUGUCAGCAACUUCAUAUAUUACGAUGCCGCUUACACAGAGCGUUACAUGGGUGAUGCCGGUAAAGAAGCUUAUAGUCAAUCAGACAUUACAAGAGAUGUUUCCAAUUUCGCAAAAACUAGAUUAUUAUUAAUCCAUGGACUUUUUGACGAUAAUGUUCACUUCCAAAACAGUGCUCUUCUAAUAGAAAAGUUGCAGAUUGCGAAAAUAGAUUUUGAUUUGAUGGUUUACCCAAAUCAGGACCAUUCCAUUAUUGCACGUGAUGAUCAUAAGUCUCUGAAGAUCGAGACGUUCCUUAAUAAUUGUUUUUCAACAUCCUGA